AUGGCAGAACGUCAGGAGGCAGGUUGGCAACUAUUCAGUGAGGAGCUUAAGCAUGCGCUGACAAUUCUGACUCAGCCGCUGCUCCCAGGCUAUGUAGACGAAACGAAUCGCACUGAUAACAAUGGGCUUCAAACUGUGCUGGCUGAGGUGAUCGAUUGGGUCGCACAACACCCACCUAAAGAAAAAGAGAUCCCCAAAGCUUUAGCACGCUUGGCUUGUGUGAUGUCUGUCCAAAUUAAGAGACAAGACGAAGCCAUGGAGAGGGCCCAAGAACAAAUACGGGCACAAAUGAAGGAAAUUUAUGAUCUCAAAGGGGAGCUGGGAGGCACGGAAAGGGCUCUACAGCAAGCUCGAGACCGUUUGGAUGAGAUGCAAGCAGAGCCUCCAUCCCAACAUGAUCAAGACCCUUCCUUAGUAACCCAAAUCUCAGACUUGCAUGACACCAUUGAGGAAAAGGAAGCUCAGCUUUCGGACGCUAGGUCCACUGUUCUUGAACAAUUACAGGAGUUGUCAAGAGUGAAAAGCAACCUAGAUCAGUCCUCAACUGAUGCAAGGGACUGGAAGGCUUGUGGAUGA